GGUUGCUGAGAAAGCUGAGGGGAAGGGAAAUGAUAGUGAAGAUUGUUGUUAUUAUUGUUUAUUUAUUUUCUGUUUGGGGAGAAAGUGGAAAAACAAGUGGAAAGCUGGAAUCAGCUGGGCUGAGAUUGUGGUGUUGAGCUCAUCUGAGUCGAUGAAAAUUUGAGAUUAAGAAAUUUUUUUCUAAUUUCGUAAGUUUCUAAUAAUCUUUGGCGAUUUAAGUCUAGGAUGUGAGUUUUGCUAUAUUUGGUGGAAAAAUGGUGUCAACUAUCUCGAGUGAUCAGCUUGAGACCAUUUCGCUGUUGAUUGAAAAAGGAAUGAGAAAUUUUAUGAUACUGAACUUCGAUUUCUUUGUUGAGAGUGAGAAAGAAUGUUGAUUUGGUAAAUUAGGAAGGUUUUCUGAGCUCGUUAUGAAAGAUUGAAGCGUUUGGCAGAUUUGUUGAUGUCUAGUACAAGAUCUCUUCUUGUAAUGGCUCCGGACCAAGACCUGUUGCUAGGCGAAUUUGUAUCCUUAAUAGUUCUUAAAGAAGUUCUAUAGUGGUCAUUUAGCUUGCUUGGCAACUAAAACGAUGGUUUGCAGAUCUGAAGUUGGGUUGAAUAAAUUUGCCUUCUUGGAGCUCUUCUUUUAGAUUUUUUUUUUCUUUUAUGGCUGUUAGCAGUUUUUUUAUCGUGGUCAUUAGGCAUGUACUUAGUUCUAUUAGCUGGAUUAUUUUUGUUGUAAUUUUUUGGUGACUGAAUUUGGAGAAUGAUCUCAAGGUAAAGUGUGGAGUUCCGAACAACAUUAGUAUUGGUUGUGGUGGUGUCAAUUGUGUUCCAGCAAAAACUUAGUGAUUCAGGAAAUGCACCUUUGGUCAUAGCACGUGGUGGGUUUUCAGGGCUAUUUCCUGAUUCUAGUUCAGCUGCAUAUAGUUUGGCAUUAAUGACCAGUUUGUCCAAUGUGGUCCUCUGGUGUGAUGUGCAAUUAACAAAAGAUGGAGCUGGAAUUUGCUUUCCUGAUAUGAAGCUAGACAAUGCUUCCGAUAUUUCAGUUGUUUUCAAAAACAGGAAUAAUGUCUACCUUGUCAAUGGAGUCUCUACGCCAGGAUGGUUUUCUGUUGAUUUUACACUUACUGACCUCGAAACUGUUGCUUUAAAUCAAGGAGUUUAUUCUCGAAGUAAUAGGUUUGAUGGUAAUCUUUUCCCAAUUCUUACCGUUCAAGAGAUGGUUAAGCUAACAAGGCCACCAGGUUUAUGGUUGAAUGUUCAGCAUGAUGUAUUCUAUACAAAACACAAUCUGAGUAUGAGAACCUUUGUACUUUCUGUAUCUAAAAGUGUUAUAGUUGAUUAUAUCUCAUCACCAGAGGUGGCUUUUCUGAGAGGUGUCUCGCAACGAUUUAAAGCAACGAAGACGAAAUUGAUCUUCCGAUUUCUAGAAAAAGAGGAAACAGAUCCCUCAACCAACCAAACUUAUGGUUCUCUUCUAAAUAAUCUUACAUUCAUAAAGACAUUUGCCUCUGGAAUUCUUGUUCCCAAAGGUUACAUAUGGCCUGUGGAUAAGAAUUCAUAUUUGGAAUCUUCUACCUUAGUUGUACAAAAUGCUCAUAAAGAAGGAUUGGAAGUUUUUGGAUCAGAUUUUAUCAACGAUAUUCCUUUUAGCUACAAUUACAGUUAUGAUCCAAUAGCUGAGGUCUUGAAUUUCAUUGACAAUGAUGCCUUCUCUGUCGAUGGUGUACUAUCUGACUUCCCAAUAACUCCAUCAGCAGCCAUAGAUUGCUUUGCUCACAUUGGCAAAAAUGCUUCAGGACAAGAAAAGCCUCUAAUUAUCUCAUACAAUGGAGCAAGUGGAGACUACCCUUCUUGUACUGAUUUGGCAUAUACCAAAGCCAUUUCAGAUGGUGUAGAUGUUCUUGAUUGUAAUGUUCAAAUGACAAAGGACGGCACACCAAUUUGCUUAAGCUCUAUUAAUCUUAUGGAUAGCACAAAAGUUGCCCAAACACCUUUCAGCAAUCUUACAACAACUAUUCCAGAGGUUCAAAAAGGCAGUGGAAUAUUUACCUUCAACCUCACUUGGGAGGAUAUUAGUAGCUUGACCCCGGCAAUAUCAAACCCAUAUUCAACUUUCAGAUUGUCCCGAAAUCCAGCAGCCAAAACUGCUGGGAAAUUGGUGUCAUUGUCAGACUUUUUGAGCAUUGCAAAAGAAGCAAAUUCUCUUUCUGGUGGUGUCUUGAUCGGCAUUGAGCAUGCAGCCUUCCUUGUGAAGGUGGGAUUAAGCGUCACAGAUGCAGUCCUUGACGCCUUGAGCAAAGCUGGUUAUGAUAAUGUAACCACACCCAGAGUAAUGAUUCAGUCCACCAACAGUUCUGUGCUGAAGGAGUUCAAGGAAAAGAAGAAGAAUUAUGAGCUUGUGUACAGAGUUGAUGAAAAUAUCCGUGAUGCCUCUGAUGCAACCAUUGAGGACAUCAAGAAAUUUGCCACUUCUGUGGUUAUCAGCAAAGAUUCCAUCUAUCCUGAGAACAAGGCAUUCAUCACUGGUGCUACGGAUAUUGUAUCAAGGCUACAGAAGAAUAAUCUCCCCGUUUAUGUACAACACUUUGAUAAUGAGUUUAUAUCUCAGGCAUGGGACUUCUUCUCAGAUGCAACCGUAGAAAUCAACUCAUUUGUCACGGGAGCUGGAAUUGAUGGUGUAAUCACAAGCUUCCCUCAAACAGCUGCUUCAUAUAGAAAGAACCCAUGCUUAAAGUACAAGACUCUACCGUCAUACAUGAGUCCUGUUCAGCCUGGCAGUCUCAUGCAAGUCAUCACUAGCGACGACAUGCCACCUGCUCUGGCUCCAUACCCGGUGCUGAAAGAGUCUGAUGUGGCUGAACCUCCACUACAAGAAGUCGCACCAGCUACCCCGGCUUCCAGCACAAACGCUGGAACUACAGCACCUGCUCCCACCUCACCAAACGGGCAACCUAGAAUUGCCACAUGCAUUGUCCUGUCCAAUCUUGCUGUGCUCCUUGUGACCGUUCUGCUGCUAUGAAAAGGUUACAAGAUCACAUGCAGUCAUUUUAGAUCACCAGUAUGUCCAUCCUCCACUGCCUGGAUCUUUUGCUGCCUCGUCACAGAGCUAAUUCAGAUUUUCCCCCUAAACCGCAAUGAUCAUCUUCUGGUCAUCAAUAUAUAUUGUAGGUAUGUUCAUUCUUCCUCAUGUAUUCUGAGUACUUAUUUCAGAGAGACGUAUCCACGAAUGGAUUCUUUGUAGUCAGCAUUGUUUUCUGUUUCAUUAUUGUAAGAUUUGUCCAUGAUUGUUCUUUGGGUAUGUAUGAUGCAUGUAUGAUUUUGAAGUUAAAACCUCGACAGGAUCUCCCUACUGACUGAACAUGUGCAGUUGUUUAA